AUGCACAUACAGAGCGGCAUCAAAUUAUUGGCGGAAGUCUCUGAGCAGGAAACUAGAAAGCGCGAUGGUGGGACGCUAUUGCGUUCGUCCCAGUCAUUCAUCCCACUAGCAGACCUGGAGAUCUAUUUCAACCGCCUUGACAUGCAAGCUGCUGGGCUGGUGGGAACCCGGCCUAUGGAGCUCAGCAAACAUGGAGAAGCAAGCCUUCCCGGAUUCUGUGCCUCCAUUCCACCAGCAUUUACGACAUUAGAAGAGGCUGGAAACAGCCUCGACUAUCACUGGAACCACUGUCUUCAACUUCUCACCGAUGCCGACAAGUUACACGAAGGCUUCAAGCAGCGUGGCGAAUACUUAGAUAUACUCACAUCAUGGAAAUUUGCUCUCGACGCCUUUGUCUCCUCAACCGUCCUGGACCGACGAGGAACGCAAUUGUACAGAGUCCUUCGGCUCUGCCAAAUGUUCUAUUACAUCUCCAUACAUGCAUCACCCGACAAGACAGAUUUCCCAGAGACAAAUUUCGACCCCUAUUAUGAGCAGCACAAGCAAAUUGUCGUCUGGGCGCAAGAGUUUUUGAGGUGUCACGCUCAUCACUGUCACAACGGUGUCUUGGAGCCCUAUUUCUGCCUCGGCAUGAACCUGAUCGCCCCGCUCUAUAGUGUCGCUCACCAUUGUCGGGACCCGCUUGUACGACGUGAGGCUGUGCAGCUGCUUAAGACCACCCCCAGACAAGAAGGCGUGUGGGACAGUAUACUCACAGGCAAUGUAGCGGAGAGCCUGAUUGAGAUGGAAGAACGGGGACUACCUCAAGUCACGUCACGGUACGAUAUACCGGAAUCUGCAAGAGUAAGGGGCGUCAAACUCGAGUUCGACACGGAAGGAAAAGUCUGCGAGGUCAAGUUCGCAAGGAUGGCGGACAUUACGAAGUCAACUGAGCCAGGGCCGGGCUGGAUUUGGUCGGAUGGUAAAGGCGAGACAGCACCUCGACAAUGGUUUGACGCUGUUGCUGCAUUUUGA